ACGUGCGCACGAUGCAUCCAGCGCAGCUUUCCGGGCUGCUCAGCUUCCCGAGGCACACGGGUGAUUUUCCAGCCUUAUUGCGACGAACCCCUCUUGCCAAAGCCAGCUGCGUUUCUGGCAGAGAUUCAGGGGCGGGGAAGGAAGAGUAAAGCUCUUCCCCCGCCCAAUAGUUUGGGGCUCUUCUUGCAGGGCGAGUAGGAAAUAAAGAGGAGGGGGGUUUUUUUGGCUUUUUUACUUGCAGCAAUACAAGCCAAGCGUUAGAGAGAGAGAGAGAGAGAGUGCGCUCCUAGGGGGGGCUGGAAGAAGGGGGGUUGCUUCCUGCCGCCGCACCCCAUUCCUUCCCCCCCCCCCACACACACACAGCGGGCAGGGGGCUUUGUCGCAUGCAUCAACCUCAGAUCCUCCCUCCAGGCAUUUCAAGGAUCAGAGAAAAGCCUCAACUCCUAGCCAGAUUCCUUCUCCUUCUCCUUCUCCCCAGAGCGGGUCACACGGUGCUUACAGAUCACAUUGUUGGAUUUUGCAUCUCCACUCAUUUUACUAUUUCUCAUCUCGACUGAGACAAAAGAACCAGGCGAUUCUGGCUGCUUCCCCCCCCCCCCCCCCAGAGAUGGAGAGUUGGGUCAGAGAGCAUGGAGAGGAGACCAGUUCCCAAAGGAUGACCUUGGUGGAGGGCUUCCUCCAGAUCCAGGCACAGAACGUGAAGCACGAAGAACAGGGGCCAUCAGAAGAAGCAGAUCAGGCUCUGGCAGUCCCUUGGCAAAGAUCACUUUUUUGUGCAGCGAAGCAGGGGAGCGAUAGAGGUGCCACUUUGCUGGGCACUGGACGAAUGUUGGACGAAUAUGCUGGGACUUCCCUCCAGCGGGAUGGCACAGACAUACCAUUUGUCCAGCCAGGCAAGGGGCUGGUGACCUUUGAGGAUGUCUCUGUGGAUUUCUCCGAGGAGGAGUGGGCUCUGCUGGAUCCAGGCCAAAGGGCUCUGCAUAGGGAAGUCAUGGAGGAGAACUAUGAGAAUCUCACUUCUCUUGCGUGGGAGUUCAAGAGAAGAGAAGAUCAGAAAAGGAAAACUGAAGCAAAGGAGAAAGGAAGGAAAAAACCCGGUGUCCCUAAAGGUGUCAAGUUCACUCCAAUGCAAGAAGAAAAUCACAAAGACAAGAAAAAGAUUAAUACCCCUCACUGGGCAAAAAGCUUAAGUGGCACAUCAAAGGACAUUACAGAACAGAGAAUGCAAACUGAGGAGACACAGUGGAAGUGGUCAGAGUAUAGGAUGGGCAUCAACAAAAUCCUUAUUUUCCAUUCCAGAUUGCAGUCAGAAAAGACAUUUCACAAAUGCUCAGAAUGUGGGAAAAGUUUCAAAAAGAAGGGCAACCUUAUUGUUCAUCAGAGACUGCACACUGGAGAAAAACCAUACACGUGCUCUGAAUGUGGAAAGAGUUUCACUCGCUACUCAGGCCUUGUUUCGCAUGAAAGAAUUCACACAGGGGAGAAACCAUACAAAUGCUCUGUGUGUGAAAAGAGUUUCAGUCACUUCUCGAGCUUUGCUUAUCAUGAAAGAAUCCACACAGGGGAAAAGCCAUAUACAUGCUCUGAGUGUGGAAAGAGCUUCACAAUCUUCUCAUCCCUUACUUCCCAUCAAAGAAUUCACACAGGAGACAAACCAUAUAAAUGCUCUGAGUGUGGAAAGAGUUUCAGUCAUCAUUCAAGUCUUACUUCCCAUCAAAGAAUUCACACAGAGGAAAACCCAUAUAAAUGCUUGGAAUGUGGAAAACACUUUAGCCAUAGCGCAAGCUUUACUUAUCAUCAAAGACUUCACACAGCAGAGAAAUUAUAUAAACACCCAGAAUAUGGAAAGAACUUCAGAAGCCACUUAAGCAUAACUUUUCAUAAAUUCCACAUUGGGAAAAAACCAUAUAAGUGCACCAAGUGCCCAAACAUUUUCAGCCGUCCUUCAAGCCUUGCUUACCAUCAGAGAAUUCACACAGGGGAGAAACCAUAUAAAUGCACUAAAUGUGGAAAGAGUUUUAAUCAUUAUUCAAGCUUUGCUUAUCAUGAAAGAAUCCACACAGGGGAGAAACCAUAUAUAUGCCCAGAAUGCGGAAAGAGCUUCACAGUCUACUCAUCUCUUGCUUCCCAUCAAAAAAUACACACAGCGGAAAAACUAUAUAAAUGCACUGAAUGUGGAAACAGUUUCACUCACCUCUCAAGUCUUGCUUCCCAUCAAAGAAUUCACACAGGGGAGAAACCAUAUAAAUGCUCAGAAUGUGGAAAGAGCUUCACUUAUAGCUCGGGCCUUUCUUCUCAUCUAAGAAUCCACACAGGGGAGAAACCAUACAAAUGUUCAGAAUGUGGAAAGAGCUUCAAUCAGUGUUCAGGCCUUGCUUCUCAUCAAAGAAUUCACACAGGGGAGAAGCCAUAUAAAUGUUCUGUGUGUGGAAAGGGCUUCACUUACAGUUCAGGUCUUUCAUCUCAUCAGAGAAUCCAUACAGGGGAGAAACCAUACAAAUGCUCAGAAUGUGGAAAGAGUUUUCGUCACUGCUCAGGCCUGGCUUAUCAUCAAAUGAUCCAUACAGGAAUGAAACCAUAUAAAUGCUCUGAGUGUGGAAAGAGCUUUGGCCAUAGAGGAAAUCUCACUUCCCAUCAAAAGAUCCAUACAGGGGUGAAACCAUACACAUGUUUUGAGUGCGGAAAGAAUUUUAGUCACAGCUCAGGCCUUUCUUCCCAUCAGAGAAUCCAUACAGGGGAGAAACCAUACCACUGCUUAGAAUGUGGAAAGUGUUUCAGUCAUAGCUCAGGUCUUGCAUAUCAUCAAAUACUCCAUACACAGGAGAAAUUAUAUAAGUGCUUAGAGUGUGGAAAGAGCUUCAGUCACAGCUCAGGCCUUGCUUCCCAUAAAAUAACCCAUACAGGAGAGAAACCAUAUAAAUGCUCAGAGUGUGGAAGGAGCUUCAGACAGAGCUCAAGACUCACCUCCCAUCAAAGAAUUCACACAGGGGAAAAACCAUAUCAGUGCUCAGAAUGUGGAAAGUGUUUCAGUCAUGAUUCAGGCCUUGCUUCUCAUCAAAGAGCUCACACAGGGGAGAAACCAUUUACAUGCUCUGAGUGUGGAAAGAGAUUCAGUCAUCGUUCAGGCCUUGCUUACCAUCACAAAAGUCACAUGAGAUAACUAUAUAAAUCCUUUGCCAUUUCCAAAACUUAGAACAGCCUUGGGGGACCACUAUUUUCUGUGAUGUGAAAACAUGUAUAUAUAGCCAUCUCUUGGGAAUUUGGGGUUAAAUAAUGCUCAAAAACUGACAUAAAGAACAACUCAACUAUAACACUGUAAUGGCCCAGUGACCCCUCUACACAGCACACUUCAGGCAGUGAGGGAUGCAUAGCAAUGCCAGAGACAUUUAUCUCUUAGGUGGAAACUGUAUAAAUGGUUCAUAUUUUCACUGUGCUGUUUUGUUUUGGCUUGAUUGGGAUGUAUUGUGAAGAUCAAAAACUUAUAUUGUUUUCUUUGAACUUCUGAAUAUAAUUUUAGGAACUGUU